AUGGCAGCAAAGGAUGCGCCUAUUCCGGGACAGCAGCGUGGGAGAGCAGCAAGAAAGCAUUCGUCAAUCAGGAUCGGUGCUCAGGCUACCCAUGAACACCCAAUCGGAUCUGUCAAGAAGAGUUUUCGACUAGGAUUGGUCCUGUCUGGAGAAGAGUCUGACCCAGAAAGCCAUCUUGUAGAGAAAGUCGAUUUAGACGGGGACCGAGACCAACCUUUAGAUAAUGUGAGAACUUUGAUCUUUGUGAGUCGAUUCAUAGAUCACUUCGGAAUGGCAUAUACAUCACACAUCCUGGAUCAAGUAAAGACUCUGGGUUUCCAGCAAGCCACUGCUACAUCUAUUUCAUUAGGAAUUGAUGAUCUUUUAAGAGCUUAG